ACUGACCAAAGUUUGACUUGCUGGCAGUGGCUGCAUCAGAAAACGGGCUGAUAAGUUGCUGUAAGUACUUUGCUGAAGUUAAUCAUCUUUCAGGUGUCAACUGUCAGUAUCAGUGUUGUGCAAGUUGACACUUCAUUUGAGCCCCUAUAUUAUCAAAAUCAAUAAAAACAAAAUUUCAAAGCUUUUUCCACUAGAUCUUUUUACUCUGACUCACAAUAACUGUGCGUUCACACUUGUUUCUUUUCUUGUCUUCUCCAUUAAUGAUGCUCCAUGUAGUUGAAUUUGUCACCAAUAAAACCGUAGCAGUGGUGCCCCAAAGUUGGUACGAGGAUGGUUGUGCAUCGUGGCCAACUUAUAACAGUGACAAAAGAAUAAUUAGGGCAAUAAAACAUGGAGAGGAGCCACAGGAUGACUUGCAGACACAUGAUGUCAGAAUCAUCAAAUCAUCUGAUUCUUACAUUGAGGCACAUCAAUUCCUGAAGAAGGCUCUGACAAGUAGCACCUUGGACCUCCAAACUGAGUAUGAACAGGAACGGCCUGGGAGAAGGAGAACAUCAGCGAAACAUUUCUUUGGUGACACUGAUAUAGAGGAGGACUACCGACCCCCAAAGAGGUCCAAAUCCGGGUCUUCUGCUGGGACAAGUCACCAACUCCCUGCAAAUAGUCCAGAGAUCUGUCAAAUGUUUGGCAGAACUGCCCCUCCCCAACCACAAACACUCCUCUCUCAACCUGCGCAAUGCAACCAGCAACAACGGGGGCCAGAGGAGCCAAGCCAGGUCUACAGACCUACCUGGAGAGGUGGGAGACAUGGCCCAGAAACCAUUCCCUGCUCUGCUGCUCAGGUCCACAUUUUAAGCCUGCUGGAGCACAUUAAGCAGCAGGAGGACCAGCUGGUGGCCAAGGUCAAUCACCUGAGCAGCAGGGUGCUCAACACCUCAAGAGCCAGAGUGUCCUGAAUGCAUUCAGCUGCCCAUCGAAUCACUGGAAGCGGUGGAUGAGCUUGAAGCAUUCCUGAAAGACGCUGCCAAUGCAGCAGCCAAACAAA